AUGACCAUCUACUUUGAUCAGCAUGACCCUUCGUCGGAGAAGCACAACCCUGACUUCGGUCGCCCUUCAGUAUCUGGCCUGGACUAUUCUCCCUUACCACGUGUAACUGGACGAUCAUGGGCCAUGGGAUGCCUUAUUUCAUUCGGUGGCUUGAUUUUUGGUUAUGAUACUGGUCAGAUUUCUGGAUUCCUGGAGAUGCCCGACUUCCUCGACCGCUUCGGUCUCACCCACUCAGACGGCACAAAGUAUUUCAGCAAUGUAAGAGCUGGAUUGAUCGUGGCUUUGCUGUCUAUAGGCACAUUGUUUGGUGCUUUAGUCGCUGCCCCCAUCGCCGAUAGAAUAGGGAGAAAACCAAGUAUUUCUCUUGCUUCUUUCGUGGUUGGCGCUGGUUUCGUCAUUCAAAUCGCGUCUAUUACCGCCUGGUACCAGCUUAUGAUUGGUCGAUUUAUUUCCGGUUUGGGAGUUGGCGCGCUCAGUUUGCUUGUGCCCAUGUACCAGGCUGAGACAGCGCCGGCCUGGAUUCGUGGUGCCAUGGUUUGCGCUUACCAGCUCUUCAUCACCAUGGGUAUCUGGCUGGCCGCUUGCUUCAACUACGGCACUGUCAAGCAUCAGUCAGGCAACUCUGGUAGCUGGCGCAUUGUCAUUGGUCUGGGUUGGAUCUGGGUCAUUGGCCUUGGUGUUGGCAUCUUGGCCUUCCCGGAAACCCCUCGAUUCGAUUUCCGACACGGGAAUGAGGAGCGAGCCAAACAAACGAUCUGCCGGGUGUAUGGCGCUACGGAAAACCACUGGGCUGUGCACACUCAGAUCACCGAAAUCGAGCGCAAGCUGCGCGCUGAAGACCAGAUCAAGAAUGGCCCCGUCAAGGAGUUCAUUACUAUGUUCAAGGCUCCCCGUAUGGCCUACCGUAUCGCUCUUGGUAUGACCCUUCAGAUGUUCCAGCAGCUCACUGGCGCCAACUACUUCUUCUAUUACGGUACAACCAUCUUCAAGUCGGUGCAGAUCAACUCGUUUGUUACCCAGAUCAUCCUCAACAGUAUCAACUUUGGUGUCACCUUCAUCGGUCUGUACAUGGUUGAGCACUUUGGUCGUCGCAAGUCUCUCAUUGCCGGUUCUAUCUGGAUGUUUAUUUGCUUCAUGAUCUUUGCAUCAGUUGGCCAUUUUAUGCUUAACCUGCAAGAUCCCACCCUCACUCCCACACCGGGUAUCGUUCUGAUCGUCUUCGCCUGUCUCUUUAUUCUUGGCUUUGCUACCACCUGGGGUCCCAUGAUCUGGACUAUUCAGGCCGAAAUUUUCCCUUCGCGCUAUCGUGCUAAGGGUAUGGCUCUGUCCACUGCCAGCAACUGGAUCUGGAACUUCUGUAUUGGUUUCUUCACCCCCUUCAUCACCGGCGCAAUUGAUUUCAGAUAUGGUUAUGUCUUUGCAGGCUGUAACUUUAUGGGAGCUCUCAUCAUCUACUUCUUCGUUAUCGAAGGCCAAGGCCGCACCCUCGAGGAGAUCGACACCAUGUAUCUCGAGCACGUCCUACCAUGGAAGAGCACCAAAUGGGUCCCACCGCCUCCAGAACAUAUGGCAAAUAUUAGGAGGAAAGCUGGUGUCGAUCUUGAUGUUCUUGCGGAUCAGGAGAGCGAUGGUCCUUUGAGCGAUGCAGCCAACCAUAACAACAAGGACUUGGCUCCCGAGGUGCCAUUUCACGAAGAGCAUGUCUAA